AUGCGGCACAAUUGUAUUUCCGAGAGGUCUACUGACUCCAUGGAUUACCAUUGUCCAUCCGAUUGCAACACGCGAUUCCUUAGCCACUUUUGGCGAUGUUUGUGGCAACUAUCUCACACAAGACUCGAUUUCAGCAGCGCUUAUCAUCCACAAAUGGACGGGCUAACGGAGGUUGUUAAUUGGUCUUUAGGAGCAUUGCUUCAAAGUUUAGUGGGUGAGAAUCUCAAGUCAUGGGACCGGCAGUUGUACCAAGCUGAGUUCGCUUACAAUCAGUCAAUCAACCGCAGCACCGGCCUUAGGCCGUUCACCAUCAUCUAUGGGAAUACAGACAAGAAGCGGCAUGCUUUGGAAUUUGAAGAAGGUGAUUUUGUGUGGGCGGUUCUAACUAAAGAUAGAUUUCCUGUUGCUGAGUACAAUAAGCUAGCGGCUCGUAAGAUUGGUCUGCUAGAGAUUGUGAAGAAGAUCAACCCCAAUGCUUAUCAAUUGAAGUUGCCCAGGCACAUCAAGACUUCAGAUGUCUUCAAUAUCAAGCAUCUUGUGCCUUUUAUAAGAGAUUCAUCAGAUGAGGAUGUGAAUUCGAGGGCGAAUUCUGUCCAAUCUGGGGAGGAUGAUGUAGACCACAAUGAUUGGGAAUAUAUGAGGAAGACCCAGACAGAUGGUAGUGUGAAGACACCCCAAAAGAUGGUGACACGAUCCCAGACUCGAGUUGCAGCAAAUGAAGUCUCUGGAACUGCGAUCGAUCGCACGCUAACUGCAAUCGAGCGCGCAUGCCCUGGAAGUGUGAGAGAAGUCCCUAGAACUACGAUCAAUCCUCUCCUGUGA